UUUUCAUAUGAUGAUGUGUUAUUUCACAUUUCAAAAAAAAAAAAAACAACGGCAUCGUUUGGAUUUCUUUAACAUAUCAUCAAUUUGAUUCAAAUUCUGUCCCAUUAACAAUUUAAAUCAUCAUCAUCAUCAUCAUCAUGUCAUCAUCAUCAGCAUCACUACCGCAGCAAAAAGAAUUUCCACGUACACUUGUUUUGUUCGAUGUCGAUGGAACAUUAACCCGAUCUCGUAUGGCAAUCACAUUAGAAAUGGAACAAUUUCUACUGAAACUUAAAGAAAAAGUUGACGUUGGUUUAGUCGGUGGUUCAGAUCUGGCCAAAAUUGCCGAACAAAUGACAUCCAUUGAUUGUGGUGAAUCAUUUCAAUCACAAGAUUCGGAUUCACAAAUCGCUCAAUUGAUUAAGAAAUAUGAUUAUAUUUUUGCCGAAAAUGGUUUAUUGGCUUACCACGAUGGCCGAUUAAUAGGUAAACAAAGUAUAUUAAACGAAUUGGGUGAAGAACGUGUACAAAGAUUUAUCAAUUUUGCACUCGGUUAUUUAUCUCGGUUAACGAUACCGAAAAAACGUGGAAAUUUCAUCGAAUUCCGUAAUGGUCUUAUAAAUGUAUCGCCAAUUGGCAGAAGUUGUUCACGUGACGAACGAAAUGAUUUUUUUGCUUAUGAUCAAAAACACGGUAUUCGUGAGAAAAUGAUUAAUGCAUUUCAACAAGAAUUCAAUGGCACCGACAUAGAAAUGGAUUUUGUUAUUGGUGGACAAAUAUCCAUUGAUUGUUUUCCACGUGGUUGGGAUAAAAAAUUUUGUCUCCGUUUCAUACCCGAUGAUCGUUAUGAUAAAAUUUAUUUUUUUGGUGAUCGUUGCCUGCCCAAUGGUAAUGAUUAUGCACUGUUUUCACAUGAAAGAACCAUUGGAUAUGCUGUUAAAUGUCCGGAUGAUACACGUGAACAGGUGGAAAAAUUAUUUUUCAAUCAAAAUCAAUGAAAUUUAUUGAAUUUUUGCAUUUUUAUUCAAAAAUAAAACAACGGA